AUGCCAGCGACCCUACCCCUAGAACUGUUAUCCGAGAUCGCACGCAUCCCAUAUCAGGCAGGCGACUGCCUAGUCCCAUAUACAACUCGACGAUGCCCACAAGGAGAAAGGCCAAAAAGGGAUUUCUCUGGCUCACUUCAGAAGGCCACAGCAGGAUCUGGUGUAAUCCGACGAAUCUGGAUACGAAAAUUGCAGUACGACAUCCUCGUCCCCUUCGAAUUAUUAGACUGGACACACCACAAAGAUGAAGGCUACAAUGUUGAUAAUCCCGUUCGAGAAGCAAAUGAUCAAGCCUUUCAGACAGCUAUGGCUGCUCUAUUUGAGACCCUCAGCUCAUGGGACCAAAGUUAUCGUCUUUCAUUAGAGCUAGGAUUACUGAGUCGCCAAAUGGGCGAGGAGCACGAGCCACAUACCUGGUACUUCGAGGAUGCAGGUGAAUACCGGUACGAUUAUAAGUAUGGGCGGGAAAUGUCUGUCCCACCGUACCGGGGCGCGCUUCCACAAUAA